AUGGGUAUCAAACAUUCUGUCAUUGCAGAUAUUUCUCAGAAUGUCAGUGAUGGCAAGAAAACAUACUAUGGGAAAAAUGGGAAUACCAUAGGCAUUAAAAGGACAAAUGAACCAAAUAUUACAACGAAGCAUGGACAGGAGGGAAAACAGCCACUCAAGAAUUACAAACAAUACCACCAUAAACUUCCGGAAGAUGAUGGUUGGUGGUCAGUAACCUAUAAAUUAACUUCCAUAUACCAUGGAAAUGAGAAACAAGUUGGAUUUGAGAAAGAGGGUUAUCUUAACACCCAUAAGGCACUGGAAGUGGUAUACUGGUCAAAUGAUGAACACAAUUCACUUCCACUUAUUAUUGGUCUUGGUGAAGGUAAUCCAACCUAUUUUAAACGAGAAAAUGAGACUAACAGAUGGGAAUAUUCCAAUAUUGUACCUCCUGCAGAUUUAUCAGACUACCAGGGUGUGUUGAACCAACUCAAUGAGAAUUUCAAGAAUGUAGUUAUAGUCAACCUCAAUGCAAAGAAUGGACAGAAGUACUGCGGCCAUCCUUCCAAAGAUGAAUUUAAGGACCCUAAGGACAACCCUAAAAGCUGUUCUCAGAAUGGAACUUCCUUUGUUACCAUUACUGUUUCAGAGAUAAAUGGUACAGUUCCUAGUGGCUUCAAAGGUCUUAAGCACUCUCCCUCUGGAAACAAGAUGAGAGUUUUAGGAACAUACCAUGGCAACUCUAUGAUCUCAUUUAAGGAGUCCAUUGUAGCCACAGAAUGUGGGUAUGUCAAUGUUUAUUACACAUCAGGAAAUACGACUUCUAAGCCUUUGUUAUUAGAACUGUCAAAUGGAGCGGAUCAGGAAACAUCAAAGCUUUAUACUCUUACAAAUAAUAAAUGGGUGCCUUCAAACUUAUCCAAAAAUGAUCUUACUCAGGUACUUGAUCAGGAGAAUUGUCUGCGAAACAGCAUUGUUCUGGCCAAUGUAUUUAAUAAGACGGGUUAUUUUUGUUGUAGCACGAAUAAGCAUAAUAUUCAAGUCCACCAGAAUAGUCGUAAUCAACCAGUUUGGUCUGAAUUGUAUGAACAUACUCUACAGACUAAAGGAGUUAAAGAAACAACAGAGCCAUCUUUUAAUAAGCAUAGGUUAAUGGAAUACGAUAAAGAUUUUACAUGGCCUGGAAGUUCAAUGACAGACAUAAAGAAGAUAUAUGUCUACUUUUGUGGCAGUAACACAAAUAUGCCGCUAUUGGUAUAUAUGGACGAUGGAGAAGGGUCUGGAAAAUGGUUAAAAAAGAUUUAUGGAGGUAAUACAUGGACAGAAGUUGACUCUGGUUCUUUGUCUGGGAUAAGGCCAACUGAUGACAACUCCAAAGAUAAGAUUGGGAAAGAACUCCACGAAAUUGGCAAGAAACUCAACAUUGGAUGUGAACAUACAGUCACCAUUCCUGUUCCAACUGCCCCUGUUGCUACUCCACCACAUCCUCCUAUACCUCCAUCCUUUCCAGGUGCUGCAGGCUCUAGUGGUUCUGCAGGUACUAAUGUAGGUAGUGGUAGUAGUGGAUCUGGAUCUUCUAGUAGUGGUGUUGGUCAAUCCUCAUCUCAACAAGAUACUGGUGUUCUUCCUAAUGGUAGGGGACCUAGUGGACCUGUUGGUCGACCUGGACUUAAAGGACAACCUCAAGAUACUGGAAUAAGAAACCCUGGUGAAGGUAGUACUGGCCAAGAAACCACUAAAUCUGAUAUUUCUGAUUCUAGUCAUAGCGGAAACGUUGGUAGUAGUCAACCUGGUUCUGCUAAUGUUAGUGUUGAUCAACCAGAAACGGAUAAAGAUGAUCAAAGCCAUGGAGAUGCAACUUCUGAUUCUACAGAUAAAAGGGGUCCUUUUCAGAAGGUAAUUGAGUUCAUCAAGAAUCACCAUAAUGAAAUAGCACCAUCAGUUGGUGGAGUAUUAGGAACUGGGAUUCUGGGUCUUGCUGUAUGGAAGGGACCUGCUCUAUUUAGCAAGGUACUUGCAAUCUGCAUUACUUCUGUAUAA